AUGAAUCAAAUUCACGCAACAUUUAAAAAAGGAAUUACAAACAUUACACAACAAUGUAAUGUAAAUUCAAUUUUAACCAGUACCACUAGAAAUUGUAAAACUACAACAACUAAAACAUACAACCCAAAAUAUUUUACAACUGCAACAACAUCAGCUUUAAAUUUAAAAAAUAAAAACAUUAAACAAUUAAACGCUUCAAAUAAUAUAUUUAAUAGUAAUUGUUAUAAUAAUGAUUUAUUGAUAAAAAGAGAAUACGCUACCAUUGGAAAUACACCUCCAAAUAGACAAUCGGUUUCAAGUACCUCUGCAGCAGCAGCAGCACCUGAACCAAUUUCACAAUCAAAUGUUGCAAACCCAACAUUAGAAGCAGUUUUUGAAGAGAAACCACAAGAGCAAGAACAACAAAAACAACAACAACAAAAGCAACAUAACAAAGAGAAUCAAGAAAAGGGUGAACAAGAACAAAAGAAGAGUAAUAUUUUUAAUUCAAGAAAUGUAACUAUUGGGGUUUUAGCACUUUUAGCUAUAAGUACCAAAAUAGCAUUUGACCCACCAAAGAAUAUGAAUUACAUCGAUUUUGCAUUCGUUAGAAAUUUAAGAGUUUUAUAUGCUGGUUUUAAAAUUACAUUUUAUUAUAAAUAUUAUUUAUUUGGAUUAAACAGAGGAGAUCCAGGUUACGCAGAAAAUAUUCAACUAGCACAUAGAGAUGCAAGUAGAGCAAUGGUUCAACUUUGCGAACUUAAUAAAGGUAUUUUUAUAAAAAUUGCACAAAUUCUUGCAUCAUUAGAUCACAUUCUUCCAGUCGAAUACACCAAAACAUUAUCAGUUUUCCAAGAUCAUGCACCAUACGAAGCUUUUGAUCAAGUAGAAAAAUUAUUUAUAGCCGAAACUGGUAAACACCCAGAUGAAAUUUUUGUAGAUUUUGAAAGAAUACCAAUUAAUUCAGCAUCAUUAGCACAGGUUCACAAAGCAAAAUUAAAAUUAGAAAAUGGAGAGUUGGCUGAGGUCGCAGUUAAAGUACAAUAUCCAGGAUUAAAUGGAAAGUUCCAAAAAGAUUUAGAUUCAGUAAAUAAUGUAUUGGAUUAUGUUUGUUUCUUUUUCCCAUCUUUUACCUUUUCAUGGUUAUUACCAGAAGCAACAUCAUGUCUUCAACAAGAAUUAGAUUUUGUUAAUGAAGGUAAAAACUCUGAAAAGAUGGCCCAUCUUUUUAAAGAUAAUCAACAAUUAUCGGUACCAAAAGUUUAUUGGGAAAAUACAACUAAAAGAAUUUUAACAAUGGAGUUUAUUCACGGCGUUCGUAUCGAUAAUAAAGAAGGUUUAAACAAACUGGGUAUUGACUUUAAAGAGCUUUAUUACCUCUUUUCCGAUAUCUUUGCAGAGCAAAUAUUUGUCCAUGGUUUCCUUCACAGCGACCCACAUCCAGGUAAUAUUUUCGUUAGAAAGACCUCAAAAGGAAAACCAGAAAUUGUUUUACUCGAUCACGGUUUAUACAGAGAGAUUGAUGACCAAGUAAGACUUGACUUUUGUCAUUUUUGGAAAUCACUUUCAUUGGGCGACAUGAAAUCUAGUCAAUAUUACGCAGAAAGAUUAGGUGCAGGUCAAUUUUCAAAACAUUUAGGUACCCUUUUAAAUCUCAAACCAGAAGAAAGCAGAGAGAACUUAAGAAACAUGAAGAGAGAGUUAGGUGAUCAAACUUUAAUGGCAAUCAAUUCAAUUUUACAAAAUUUACCAAAAGAAAUUCUAUUGGUUUUAAAAACAAAUAAUUUGAUCAGACAAAUAACAACCCACUUUGGCAUUGAAAAUGGAUUCUUAAAUAUGGCUAAAACCUGUAUAAAAGGAAUUUAUAACGAUAAUACCAUACUUUCAAAAUUAAAAUAUUAUGUCACUUUAUGUAUUUUUAAUAUCGAAAUCAAAUUAAUUAAUUAUUUAAAAAAAAAUCAA